AUGCUUCAUGUUCCAUCUUCAAGAGAACAUCCAAGGCCGAAAACUCCGACUCCACAUUCCAAUGGUUGGAUAGGAUUUGAUUCAGUCUCAAAACCACCAUCUUCGACUCAAGUUUUACCUUCAACUGAAAUCCCAAUUCGUCAUAAUCUAUCUUCAACUUUGAGUCGUGUCCCAAGUCACGAUCUGAUUUCAAGUGCUAAUGUGAUUACACCAUAUCAACUUUCAGUGAAAAAUCAGGUUCCCACCCUGAAUCCAUGCCCCAGAUCAAGAUUAAAUGUUAUACAAACACACUCCUGCUUAAAGAGGAAAGCAACAGAUUGUAAUGUUAACAUCACCAACAAUUUGGUGAGGAAUUUAUCCUGUGAUCUCUGUCAAGUUAGCUGCUCAAGUGCAUUAACUCUUCAGCAGCACGUAGAAGGUCGUACUCACCAGGCGAAGUUGAAAUGGAUGCAAUUAAACAAGAACGGCAAAGAACAGAAUCAACACAGUCAACCAAGAUGCGAUGUCUGUAAAAUUUUCUGCCCAGACAGAACUGCUCUGGACAUGCACUUGAAAGGGAAGAAACACAAGGCCAAACUACAUGAAUUGGAACUCGGCCAGAAAAAUGGUGGAGAGAAUGGAGCGAUGAUUCUGUGGUGUGAGUUAUGUCAUGUUCCCUGCAUGAACGAAGACUGUUUUAAGUCUCACCUCAAGGGGAAAAAACACAUAGCCCGUGUUUACAAUGUCAAAAAGAAAUUGAAAAUUGAAACUUAGGAAGAGCUAAAGAAUAAGAGACUCGUAAAGGAUGUCAAGAAACUAUGGUGCUACAAAUCCCAUUUUCAUUCUAUUCCCAAAAAUUAUAACCUCUUAUCUCCUGAAGAAGUCAACGUUGAGUUUGUAAAUCGAUAUCAUUUCAGUAUCAGUAUCAGAGAGGGAUAUAAAAUUUGUCAAGUGGUCAA